UCCUUUUUCCUGUUUCUUUUCUUUUCUUUUUUCCCUUUUAAUUUGUGAAGGGGUCAAUUUCAAUUACUGCUACCCUUCCACUGCAGGUUUAAAAGGAAGGAAGACUGAAAGAGGCAGAGUAUUGAACAAAGCAAGCAUACGCCGUUAGCAUCAGAAUGGAAACGGCAGGGCAGUGGCUAGAGAAGGCAUUGCUGGAGCUAUGCAAGAAGAUUGAAACGGGUCUUGAUUUGGAUGCUGAAAUCAUAUCUGGGCUUGUUUCCUAUUGUGAGAUGGCCCCCCCUCUUGAUGCUAAAGAGUAUCUUGAUAAUAUCAUAGGCCAGGAAGCUGGCAAAAAUGUGAUUGCAGAGUAUUUACAGCGGAGAGGUUAUUCUGAGCCACAGAAUGUGAAUAAGCCUACUCAAAAUACUUCAACUUCCAACUUACAAGCAUAUGUCAAACCACGUACUAAUGAUGGCUUGGUCAUUGGAGCUAAAAAACCACAGAAAGCAUCGAAAGAUGUUGCAGCCUCAUCUAAUCGGAAAAAUCGAACCUCAACUGGGACAUCAGAGUCACAGAAUGUGAAUAAAGGAACCACAGGCAAUUCUAAGAAGAAAAAGUCUGGAAAGGUUGUAUCCCUGGCUGAGGCUUCAAAAGGAUCAAUUGUGUAUCAGAAAGGGAAGCCAUGUUCUUGCCAAGCUCGUCAGCACAGGCUCAUCAGCAAUUGUUUAUCUUGUGGGAAAAUAGUUUGUGAACAAGAAGGUGAGGGACCAUGCAACUUUUGUGGUGCCCUUGUGCUGAGGGAAGGAAGCUCCUAUGCUGGUCUGCAUGAAGGUGUAGUUCCCCUCUCAGAGGCUGAGGCAGCUGCUGAAGCUUAUGCAAAGAGGCUUGUUGAGUAUGACCGAAACGCUGCUGCACGUACAACAGUUAUAGAUGACCAAAGUGACUAUUAUGAGAUUGAGGGGAAUAGCUGGCUGUCACAGGAGGAGAAAGAACUGUUAAGGAAGAAAAGAGAAGAGAUAGAGGAGGCUGAACGUGCCCAGCGUAAUAAAGUCAUUAUGACGUUUGAUCUGGUUGGUCGGAAGGUGCUGAUGAACGAAGAUGAAGCCUCUGAAGAGUUGCAAAACAGACUUCUUCUACGGCCAUCAGAGGAGAGAGAAUCGGCCCGCAUCAAACCAAACCCUACUCUUAAAAUUCAACCUGUUUUUGUGGAUCCAGGGCCUAGGAAAUCCGUUAAAGAGAAUUUGAACAAAUGCCUGAAUAAUGGUUUUUGCUUGGAGAUAAGUGGGAGGGUACAACAUGAUAAUAAUGAUAGCCUGGGGACUUUCUCAAAUGGACAAGUACUUGCUUGAACCAUGUAUAAGUAGGUGUUUCUUACUGCAUAUAAUGAUCAUGGCCUUCUGAAUUUUAUAGGAAAUGAUUCAUGUUUCAGCUGAGUUCUUGUUGCGAAGGAGUCUCAAUUUUGUGUAACGCAUGAUUCCAUUUGAUUCUUGGAAUUGUGCGAUCAGUUUCUGUGGCUCCUCUACAUUGUAACUUCUAGAGAAUCCAACAACCUGCGUUUCCUUUGAGUUGAUCGCAUGAUACAUAUAGUUUUUGAGGAAAAUUUAUGGCUGUAAAUUGAUCUGAUCGGAUUAUUGUCA